AUGGAUCUUCCAAUUGAUGAUGACCCAUCAAUCAAUGGAGUCACGGGUCAAGAAUGCAACCCGUUUUCAACCAAAUCAAAAGAAUCCGAAUCCAUCUGCUACACAAACGAUGCAGAAUACGUUGAUCCAGAUCCGGGUCACACCUUCGAAAACGUUGAACAACAAGUAUUCGGAUCCGGAUCCGAAUCCAACACCUUCCCUUCAAUGUCAGGUUUCGUAGAACAAGCCUUAUCAAUUUCAAAAAACCUCUCUGAAACCGUCAUGAAAGGAUUCAAACCAGAAUCCAUACCUGUUUACACAGCUUUAGUAAAAGAAUUCGCAACAUUCGAUCGUUGGUUCUCAUCUCUCCCGGGUCCAACCCAACCCAUUAGACUAUUCGUUUACUCUGCAACUUCAUUCGGAUCCACCAGCCAUGACAAGAAACAACUUGCAAUAGGAUACCCACAAAAAACCAUUUUCGAUUCAUUAUACGAAAACGGUUACAAUUUUGGAAUCUAUUUCCAAAACAUACCAACAACGUUGUUCUAUAGAAACAUGAGGAAACUUAAGUAUGCUUUUAAGUUUCAUUCUUAUGAUUUUAAAUUCAAAAAGGAUGCUCGAGAUGGGAAACUACCGAAUUUGACGGUUAUUGAACCGAGGUAUUUUGAUUUGAAGGGAUUUGCAGCAAACGAUGAUCAUCCGUCGCAUGAUGUUGCAAAUGGUCAGAAACUUGUGAAGGAGGUUUACGAGACUUUGAGGGGAAGUCCUCAAUGA